UAACAAGUGACUGAACACUCGUAGUGCUCAAAAGGUAGCAUUUUUUAUGCUCUUUCCAACGAUAUAUAGAUUUGUAUAAUUUAGAUGAAAAUAAUCGCUAUAAUAUGUGAUAAUAGAGGACCUUCAAUAAUUACUGUAGACAUUUUCCUCACUUGUAAGCUUACUUACGAAGUGAAAUUCAAAAGUACCCAUACCAUUCGAUAGACAAAUCAAUAAUCUUUCGACCAUGCUAAAAAAAUUUUUAGUAAAAUGUACUCCAUAAAAAGAAAUUAACGAAAAACUUCAAAAAUGCACAUUUCGCCAUAACAACAAUGUGUUUUCUGGGCCUGAUAAUCGUAAAAAUGCGGCGUUGCCGUUAGCAGCGGUUCCGGCCUGUGGAGAAACGCGAAGGAAGAACCACAACCCACUGAUAAGGAAAGGAUCAACAGGAAAUCAGGAAAAGGAUUUGAUGAUCACAAUGAACUUCAAAGUUUGAUAUUUCGUUUUAAAUUUUACAAAAAAAAAAAAAAAUAGUUUGGAUAAAUGAAUAGUGAUGUGAUGAUGAGAAAAUAUUUUAAAUUUACCGUGUGCAAGUAUCUUUCUUCAUUUCCUGGACGUUUGUAUCCGUAGAAUAAAUCGAACAUACCGAACAUUAGAAUAAUUAUUGAGAGUAUAGACCAGGACCAUGUUCGCGAGCUCAAAUGAGUGGACAUCAUACUCUUCGAGAAGGGAAUACGAUGAUGACUAUAGUCCAACAUGUUUACCAGAACCAAAAACUGCACCUUGGCAUUCACUUUUCAAGUUCCAUGACGUUUCGAUAAAAGUUGGCGAUCAAAUUUAUCCCUCAAAUCGCUUACAAUUAUCUUUGGAGUCGAAUUACUUCGAGAAAUUAUUCACCGAAAAUUACGCCGGAAAAGAUGGCGAGUUCGUGGAAAUCCGUACCUUAGACAGUGCUACGUUUUCUGCCAUAGUCGAUAUAAUUAAUGGAAAAGAUCUCGAGUCUCUUAUAAAUGCCGACAGCUGCGUAUCAUUAUUGCUAGCUAUGGAUUUCUUGCAAAUGGAAAUCGACCUGAAACCGUUUGCGAAAUACAUUGAGAAGUAUGCCGAAGAAGAUUUACCCUUCAACUCACAAAUGUUCGAAUUGUGUAGUUUAGCAGGCGCGAAUCAAGAUUACAAAUAUUUGAGAUGCAAGAUCCAUUACUAUUUAUCUCGCCAUUUCUUGGAUUUUUUAAAUUAUCAAGAAUUUCUUCUUCUGUCGCCGGAAGAACUUAUAGAUAUCAUCAAGAUUCGACAACGUGUAUCCAGAUACCCGUGUGCUUACGAGAAGAAUAUAGUGAGUCGAAUCUGUACAAAAUGGAUCUGUCACGAUGUUGAAAAACGGCUGAAUAACUUCGUAAAGCUGGUGAAUGCUGCGAAUUAUAGACUAUUCAAGUCUUUCUUUCGAAUAAACGCCGAUAAUAUCGUCUCCAGAUUGAAUAAUAUGAGAGAAAAUGAGAACGAAGAAGAAAUUCGAAGAUAUUUUUAUCAAUUUUUGGACCGUAACGGAGAGAUAAAUGCUGAUGAUUUUGAGGAACCAAGAACGAUAGAUAACGGAUUCUCCACGCAUUCCAAAAUCAAUCAGAUUGACAGAGUAGCGAAAUGGACCAAAUGUGCGAAAGAAGGUCUUUUAUACGAUGUAAUUGUCAAAGCAGGUAAAAAAAGUUAUAAACUUCAUCGAUUCGUAUUGAUUACUGCGUCGAGUUAUUUCUCAGAUCUUUUCUCUGCCAAAAACGACGAAGAACAGGCACAAUCUACGAAAUCAUCGAACCGUGCUAAGAUAGACGAAUAUGUGGUAGAUUUUGCUGAAAGUACUUUCGACUUGAUUGUUGAGCUUAUUUAUUUUGAUAGUGUAUUGAAAAUGAAUUCGAUUGAAGAAUCGAUAGAAAUACUGAAAGCAGGAAAAAUAUUGAAAAUGGACAAAUUAAUGAUAGAAGGUUUAUUUUGGAUAGACUGUAAUGUGCAAAAUUUCAGUAUCGAAGACAUUCUCCAAAUACUGGAUCUCGUUUUAGGCGACGACUCGUUCAGUAAUCUAAAUAAAGAUUGGAUUUCUAAUUUUGUAUGCAAAUUCCUGAGUUCAAAAUCGGCCGAAAACUUAAAGCGCGAUAUCAUUCAUCGAAUAUGGAACGUUUGUAAUACUCUGCAAUGCGGCAGAUUAACGGAGAAAUGCACAAAAUGGAUGGUACGUAAUCUUCAGGCUCCAACUAGAAAAGACGUUUCCGAAAUAUUGAAAAAUAAACACGGAGUUGAGACGAUACUUCAAUUUCUCAACAUCAGCGGUGCAGAAAAGUUAUCCGUCGAUAUUGUUCUUUACAUAUUACACGUGAGCGAAAACUUGAAAUGCUACAAAUUGGUGAAAAAAUGUUUACAGUGGAUGACUCGACAUCAAGAAACACUAACUGCAGAAAAUUUGAUAGAGAUACUGAAUUUUACGCUAGAGAAGGAGGAAUUUGAUUACGAAUACGCAUUUUUUUUAUGUAAGCACGUAGUUGCUUCAUGGCCUAAUGUUGACGAGUCAUUGUUCUGCGUAAUUUCUGACACUAUGCUAGAGAAUAUGAUUCUAUUACCGGAUUUCUUCUUCGAUGAUCCUCAUCAAAUCAUCGAUAUUUGUGCGAAAUGGAUCGUACACGAUGUGAAAAACCGCUAUCCCUUGAUACCUAAAAUCGCUUUCGAUAUUAAUCGCAAUCAUACUGCGAAUCUCGAUGAUUAUAAAAUUACUGAAAUUCCUCAAAUUUCGGAUUGUUCGCAGCAGUUGAUUAGAGAUAAAUUGCGGGAAAUAUUGUCUUCGAAUUCGUUAGUUCGUUAUUCUGAUGCGGGAGAUUUGGUCGUUGAAAAAAAACCGAUAUUCAUUUCAGCAUUCGAUUGGGACUGUGUUGAGGAUUUUACGUGUGAUGUUGUGGACGAAGACUUGAGUAAAAUCGCAUCAUUGAAGUCUCUCAUGUUCCAUUUCAACAACCCUGCAGACUCUGAUGGGUAUCAUACCUACCUGGAACGUCCAUUAUCAACAACUCUAAUCAAAGAUAAUUUAUUUGUGCUUUGUGGAAUCUAUGAAACAUCUGUAUUCCUAGUUUACAACCUAUCGUCGAAGAAACUGUACUCUUUGGCCGGAAUCCCUCACAUUACAGAGCGUGUCGAGGAACGCACGUUAUUAAAUUGCAACGGCCAAGUGUACUGUUGCUUCGGUAGACGCGAUAUUAUUACGAGAUAUUCCGUCGAAUUGAAUCGUUGGCAAAUUAUUUCGAAACUAAAGAGUGAAACAAAACCUAUUUUACGUAUUAGAAAUAUUCUCUUCACAAGUGAUGGAACUAACCUAUUCAGAGUUUUUAAAUCCAACGUAUCAGAUUCGAUUACAAAAUGCGUCUUACAAACGUGGGAUUUAAAACAAGAUUCGUGGACUUGUUUAUCAGAUGUGUCGAAGAUGCCAAGUGCUGAAAAAGCUAUUGGAUUGACUAACGUUGAAAAUGGUAUCGCCGUAUUAUCAAAGUCUAUGAUAUUUUAUUUUGAUUUAAAAUCACGAUGUUGGCGAGAAAUUUUACCUCCUUCGCAGAUUACUAUUACCUGGAGUCACGAUAUUCCGCUCAUCACCCAUUGUAAUGAUGGUCUAUUGUAUGUUUAUAACGAUAAACUGUACGAAUUGAAUCAUCUGCAAGGAAACUGGGUCCUAAAAAAAGAUUCAAUGUUCAAACGUGAUCUUAUUAGUGUGGUGGUAAUUCAUCGCUGCAUCGACGAAACCAGCUCGGCUAGUCAGGGUUCAGUUGCUCCACUGCGUCCAGCAUCUUGAGCUUUUGUAAUAACGAUGCGCCUAUUUAUUAUAAUGUAGUUUUACCUAGCUUACCUAAUUUAAUCAUCCUUAUGUGUUCAUAAUUAUAUCGUUUAAAUUUUUA